AUGCAUGUAUUGCUCCUUAUAGUCCUGCAUGCGGCACUGUGCUGUGCCACCUCUGACAACCACCAAAUAAGCUUUGAGACACCAAUGGAUAAUGUUCUGGUCCUGACCGUUCCUCGGAGUGUGGGUGACUGGGGAGAGGUCCCCCUGACCUGUGGAGAAGCUUAUCAAAACCAGCCUGUGUUUUGGAAGAAGAACGGCGAAGACCUUAUUCCAGCUCUACAGGGGAACAAGGUCAAGAUUCUGGUGCGAGACUUGAAUGGUGGAAACUACUCUUGUCAUCAGACAGACGGACAGUUCCUCAACCACACAGUGAUCAUGAUGCAACUAGACAAAGACAACACACCUGUCAUACUGAAAGAAAAAUCACCUGAAGACGGUUACAUCCACUGCUCAGCACCAAACUAUAAAGGCUCCUUCCACUGCACCUGGACAAGAACACAGCACAGAUCCAAUGCCGCUGUGCUCCUGGUAAAGGCAGAACGAAAUUUGGAAAAGAUACCUUGUGAGCUGUCCGCUGAUGGAUCAGGGGUUCACUGCCAGGAUACCAACUGCCCAUACAAGGAGGAACAACACCGCAUCCUCCUCAAAGUUUACAUACACAGCUACUCUCGACUAGAGAUGUACCCAAAGGCAUUCUACUUGAGAGAGAUUGUGACCCCAGCAAAACUCCCUAACCUGAGCCUCAGUGUUGGGAAGCAUUUCACCUGGAGCUACCCUAACUCCUGGGACAAGCCCGACAGCUACUUUAGCCUGCACUUCCAGGUCAAGAUGGUCCGUCACGAACAUUCCUGUGACAGCAAAGAAUACAUAAUGCAUAACACCACUGAGCAAACUAAGUAUGAGAUCAAUGUUAGAACCAAGAAGUAUGUUUUCUGUGUGCGGGCUAAGGACAAGCACACAGGCGGGCCAUGGAGCCACUGGAGUCACUGCAUGUAA